GCGCGGCGGCUGCAUGCACCCGGGAGCGCUCGGCGCCGCCGCUGCCCCGAUGCAUGGGCCGAGGCAUGGAUAGAGCCGCAUCCGCAGCCGGGCGGGCCGGCAGCACGGGGCCGGGGCCGGGGCCGGGGCCGGGGCCGGCGGCGCGGAGCACGGUGCAGCAGGUCCGGCUGCUGCAGGACCUCAUCGACAUCUCGCUGUCCAACCUGCGCGGGCUCCGCACCAAGUGCGCCGCCUCCAACGACCUCACGCAGCACGAGAUCCGCACCCUGGAGGCCAAACUGAUGGGCUACAUCUACAGACAGCGGCAGUGUAAGCUGAGCGUGCCCCUGAAUGACAGGACAAAGGAGCUCAACAGCUACCCGAGAUUCAACGACUGGCUGGAUGUCGUCAACGUGAGGAAAGAAGUCGUGCAGAGACUACCAGAGGAGCUGACCCUGGAUGCCUUGCUGGAAAUGAAUGAGUCAAAGGUGAAAGAAACCAUGAAGAGAUGUGGUGCCAGGGAGGAGGAGUGUUCCCGGCUCAAUGGAGCUCUCGGCUGCUUAAGGAAGGUGACCGAAUCAGGUGGCGAGUUAAAGGACGAUCUGCUCUGGAACCUUUCUGAUGCGCGCCGAGAGAACAGCUCCGCACAGCUGCUGGAGCCCUUCUGUGCCCCGAUACCCACGUGGACUCAUGGCACAUCACACCUGGCAAAAGGCAACAGCCCACAGCUGCGCUCUGUGUCGGUGUCCACUCUGCCCUCCUCAGAGUCUCUGCCCUUGAGUCAAGGACCUUCUGCCUGUUCAGAUAACAACCUCCUGGACCUUUUUAGUUUCCCUACCCAUGGCGGUAGAAUAACCCCUCGGACUCCACAUAGCAUCACCAUCACACCGCCAACCACCCCUCAGUCAAAGAGGAAACAAAAGUUUAAACCUCCGCGGACUCCCCCUCCUCCUUCCCGGAAGGUUUUUCAGCUGUUCCCUAAUUUCCCAACCCUCACAAGAAGCAAGUCCCACGAAUCGCAGUUGGGCAACAGGAUAGAUGAAGUUCCUCCAAUAAAGUUCGAUAUUCCUCAUAUAUCCCCUCAGAUGGUACGAAGAGACAUUGGCUUAUCUGUCACACACAGAUUCUCUACAAAAUCUUGGUUAUCUCAGAUCUGCCACGUGUGUCAGAAAAGCAUGAUGUUUGGAGUGAAGUGCAAGCACUGCAGGUUAAAAUGCCAUAACAAAUGUACUAAAGAGGCCCCAGCUUGUAGAAUAAUAUCCUUCCUUCCCUUAACAAAAAUAAGGAGGACAGAGUCUGUACCUUCUGACAUCAAUAACCCGGUGGAUAGACCGACAGAGCCGCAGUUUGGGACUCUCCCCAAAGCACUAACUAAGAAGGAUCAUCCCUCAGUAAUAAACCAUCUAGACUCCAGCAGCAACCCAUCUUCUACAACCUCCUCCACGCCAUCCUCUCCAGCACCUUUCCCGUCUUCCAACCCUCCCAGCGCGACGCCUCCACCGAAUCCCUCGCCUAUGGGCCAGCGGGACGGCCGGUUUAACUUCCCAGCUGCCUACUACAUUCACCACAGACAACAAUUUAUCUUCCCAGAAAUUCCCACCCCAGCACAAGGAAUGCAGCCACCAGAAACAGCUGAAAACACUAAUGCUGAUGAACAGCCGGAACCAGAUGGAGUUGAAGACCAUGAUGCAGAGAUGGAAGAACAAGAGUUGAAUAAAUCUGAACCCGAAGAUGAUGAUGAUGAGAUAGAUGACUUGCCGAGCAGGCGGCCACACUGGAAAGGGAUGAUCUCUCGCAAGGCCAGCCAAACUAGCGUCUACCUGCAGGAGUGGGACAUUCCCUUUGAGCAGAUUGAGCUGGGGGACCCCAUCGGGCAAGGGCGCUGGGGGCAGGUUUACAGGGGCAAGUGGCACGGAGAGGUGGCAAUCAGGCUCCUGGAGACGGAUGGAAACAAUCAGGACCAUCUCAAGCUCUUCAAGAAGGAGGUGAUGAACUACAGGCAGACCCGGCAUGAGAACGUGGUGCUCUUCAUGGGAGCUUGCAUGCAUCCCCCUCAUUUAGCAAUCAUCACCAGCUUUUGCAAAGGAAGGACACUUCACUCGUUCGUAAGGGAUCCCAAGAUAUCCCUGGAUAUUAAUAAAACCCGGCAGAUCGCACAGGAGAUCAUAAAGGGCAUGGGCUAUCUUCAUGCAAAGGGGAUUGUGCACAAAGAUCUGAAGUCCAAGAAUGUUUUCUAUGAAAAUGGAAAAGUUGUGAUCACAGAUUUUGGCCUGUUUGGGAUUUCAGGUGUGGUCCAGGAAGGAAGAUACAGACGAGAGAAUGAACUGAAGCUGCCCCAUGACUGGUUGUGCUAUCUGGCCCCUGAGAUAGUUCGCGAGAUGGCUCCUGGGAAGGAUGAAGACAAGCUGCCCUUCUCCAAAGCUGCGGAUGUCUAUGCUUUUGGGACUGUGUGGUACGAGCUCCAGGCCCGAGACUGGCCGUUCGAGAGCCAGCCUGCCGAGGCCCUCAUCUGGCAAAUCGGGAGUGGCGAAGGCGUGAAGCAAGUCCUGGCUACAAUUAGUCUGGGCAAAGAAGUCAGCGAAAUCCUCUCGGCGUGCUGGGCUUUUGACUUGGGCGAGAGACCCAGCUUUACUCUCCUCAUGGAUAUGCUUGAAAAACUGCCAAAACUGAACAGGCGGCUGUCACAUCCGGGACACUUCUGGAAAUCAGCAGACAUUAACAGUAGCAAAGUUGUCCUCCGUUUUGAAAGAUUUGGCUUGGGAAUCCUGGAACCAAGUAAUCAAAAGAUAUAGCAUGGUGUGUUGUUGUCUCGUUGAGUGUUGUCUGCCUGCUUACACAACCCGUCAGAAACCUUCAUGGCCUCAUCUGAACCAUGGAACUCAUGCAGCCACCCGGGAAUGCCACGCAACCAUCCAUUCAAACUGCUGGGUGCAAUCCGAAUUCUGCCUAAGCACCAAUGGUUAUUUAGAAACGUUGACAGAAGUGGGUGAAACUCUUUUUAUGUUUAAAAAAAAAAAAAAGUGUUAAACUGUUGUUUGAAGUGUGAGCAUUCAAACAUCACUGAAAAAGAACUAGUUCUUGCUGCAUCUGUGGACUAGCUCAGGGCAAACUUUUGCCCUCCAAGCAUGCACACAGUUUCUGCUGAAGCCAAUGGAAGUUGCUUGCGUGAGAGAGAGUCUAAUGCAAGUGGUUUAAACAAGAUGGUCCCCAGAAUCUUUCCCCAAACCAAUUGCUAAAACAGAACCAUGAGCAUUUCCUCAGUCUGAUAACAUCUGCACUGCGGUUUACUUGAGCUAGGAGCUGACCUCCUGCUGAGGUUUUCCACAGUAUCAUCCAAACUUUGGGCUAGUUCCAACCUCAAUUACUCUUGCAAAUCUGGACUUGGUUCUCAUUCCUGGACCACACUCAGUUCAGGUCUAAAACAGAACAGAAUCCUGAAUAGCGAUGAGAGCAAACCCUCUUUCUCAAAGACGCUGUCUUCAUGGGAAGGGAGGAUUUUCAAGAAUGGCCUCCUGGUAGUAGGUAUCCAUUUCCCAGUGAAAGCCAGUGCCACUCGAGUUUCCAAAUCUUUCCAUGGUCCACUAGGAUUUCACCCUUCCUUCAUGAAUGUAAUUUCUCAGUAAUUGGUUGCCAUCUGCACUCUGUCGUUGCACUCGUGGGAGUUGAGGUCUCCAUUUACAGUGCAAGACAAUGUGUCCUCACAGUACCUCUGGGCCUUAUUCUGGGCUUUCUUGCACUGGUGUAAUUGGGAGCAUUUACUCUGAUUUUCUAAGUGCGUAAUUGCUGCCAGCAGGGGAAAGAAUAGCAGAACCACAUCUGUACUGUUUACUACAAGUUGAGGGGCAACAGCACUAGAGACUGCUAUCCACACCACAAUGCAGCGGGGUCUAUAAAAGCCCUGCUCCUGACAGCAGCAUGGGGACGCUGAUACAUGAGACACUCUGGGUGCUUUAAUUACAGUGGCUCUUGGAGCCCAUCUAAUUAAAGCACCACCCCCAGCACAUGCAUGAACACCCUCCAUGGCUAUAGAGCUAGUUGAGGAGGUGAAGGCAACAGAACAGAGGAAACCAUCCAUUCACUUAUUCUGGGGCUGAAGUUCACUCCCCUACAUGAGGUUAACCUGGCUACUACGAAAGUCCCAUGUGAGGCUGGAUGUGAGGCAACUUGCACAGAGACAUCAAUUCCUUCUUUUCUGGGGUUUCAGAAUUAGCAAAAUCCAGUCCUGUAAAUGAGGGAUGCGAUGCAUGAGAUGCAGUGCUACAUAGUUCUUGCCUCCUAACCACAGCUCCACUUUCAGUUUCAGCACAUUUUUCCCUCACUUUUUAACCAAACCAAGCCCAAAAGACAAUUGCCUCACUUAUUUUUCGUGACAAGCAGGUUAUGCAGAGCACGGAGGAAAACUACCUGCAUCUUUUUUGCUGGGCCCCAGCCUGACUCGGGGGCUAGAGCAACUGAUCUUUUUUAAGCAAUGUGUAUUUUGCACGGAAACCAGAAGUGACACAACUUUUAUUCAGGAAGAAGAGUUGCAUCUUGCACCUCCUGAGCAGCUAUGUCCCUUACUGUUAACCUAAACCUGAACACCUAAAAUACCUGGCUUUGUUCAGGGCUAGUACAGCUGAAUCACUCCCCUUGCAAGCUGAACUGCAGAUGUCGCACAGGCGAGGUGCAGAUGCAGCCAAGCUCUUUUGUGACACCUUGCAAAAUAGCCCAGACUGCCCAAACUUCACAUGGGUAGGCUGACUGUACAGCUGAAAAGAGUGCAAACUAGCCAGGGAGAGAGGUUUGCACAAUGCAGGGCAGGUCAGUAAAAUAACUAUGCUUCUACGUAAUGAUAAAUCACCAUGUAUGAGUCUUGUCUGCAGGUUAUGUAACUACAUAGGACAGAACCAGUCAGGGGCUCCCUGCCACCCCAUCAGAUGCACAGCAGAUGCUUCAUUACACAUUCAUUCCAGCAGCGGCAAGCUGAGCAAGUGCUGCUUGGUACUGACACUUGAAGGAAACAAACCCUUGGGGAAAGAAAUCCUAGUCCUGCCAAAGCUGAGGAGGGUUUUCUGGGGAACCUCAGUGGGACAAGGAUUUGGAUGCACAAGAAGCCCUAAGGCUGCUGUUUCCAUGGUUAGCAGCAGCUGCGUCUCCACAGACAUCUCACCACUUCUCAACUGUCGCAUGCUUAUACCACCCACCUGCCCCUUCCAAACCAUUUGUGGAGCAGAGAAAAUGGGGUUUGCAACACCCCAGGGGUGGGUGUGUGGGAGAGGCAGGGUUUUCACUAGUGGGGAUGGCAGACACAGCUGGAACCCACAUAGGAAUAUCCAUUCCCCAGUUCUAGCACGCUCAGUAAGAUGGUGCAAAGGGUUUCUGAGUGUGGUGUUCAAUGCACUGUAACAAAUGGAGGCCAAAGAUAACACUUGUUCUUUCUGUGGCAAAUAAAGUGCUUUUAACUCGUCUUGAAUGUGAACAAAGAACAGUGGGUUGCAUGGUAGGAGCCAGGUCUGGCACUGAGGUACUCUUUCACCUUCCUCCCCUGAACCUAUCUGUACGCGGAGCAAGUGAUCUCCACCAUCUAGCUACUGUUAAUAUCAACUCUAAAGAAAGGUCAAGUGAUAGCAUCAGGUUUAAGCAGAAUCUCAUUGCAAGAGGUGAUGCUUACAUAUGGUUGACACAACAUGGGCCUGGAGUUGGAAGGCAGUGCUUCAGUGCAUCUCAAAAUUACCUUCAGCAGAUUUAAGGCUGAUGAGACAAAACCUCCAUUGGCUUCAACAUGAGUUUUGCCCGAGCACAGUAAUGUUCUUUGUGAGUGAGAACUGUUUAAUUCACCUUGAGCUCUGAAAUGUCAGUCUUUCAGGUGACUGAGUUUGACUGUGGCAGCAGUAGCCUCGGUGUACUCACUGCAAUUCAUUUCUGCAAGUUGCAUGGGUUAAAAUUGGACCCUGAAGCUAAGGUGCCCAAACCUUCUCCAUGUGGGAACACACCUUAGCAAGGAAGUAGGGAAGGAGUCCCAGAGACUCUUUCUUCAUAUCAUAAAUCACCAUUCACAGUCUUGCAAAGCAUCCCUGGCUUCCCUUCACCACCAGCUGUCAUUUCUGGCAACACGCUAGGAUCAUGCAAGGGAAAGAAAAAUAGGGGUGUUGGGGGGGAAAGGUUGCCAAUCUUCUAACAAAAUCAUCAGCUGAAAAGAGAUAAAGCUAGCACCACAUGAUCAGUCAGCUUGGCACACCACUUUGAUGCCCACUGUCCUAAAUAAUUCAUGCAGUUUGGAAGUACCCUGUACAAAGACCUGUGGCCUGUUCACGUGUCAGCACAACACCCACCCUGAUUUCCAUGGGAAUGGCUGCUUUAAAAACCCAGUGUCCCAACACACUAUGGAGCCAGAUUUUGAUGUCUGUACUCAAAUUGUGUAGCACAUUACUCUGACUACAAUAUGCUAAGUAUUGCUCUGGAAUAGUUACACUGGGGUGGAAAGGAUUGGGCCUUUACUUUCCUUAGACAUGUUAUGAACUGAUUGGAGCCAUUACACUGCAUUGUUUGAUGGUCAUUUGCUCGAUUUCUUGUGGUGAUGUAAGGGAGUGAAUCGCACUGUAAGUCUGUAUCAUUUUAGACUUGUAAAUGUGAAGCUGGCUGUACAAUACCGCUACAAUAACUACGACUUCAGUAGUGUAUGUAAAUGGAGUCUGUAAUAUGGUGAAAACACGUUUUCUUUUCAAAUGUGAUGUAAACUUUGUACAGUAAAAACAAAUUUUUUUUAUAUUUUCUAUCAACCUGAGUGUCUUCCAGAAUUGCUAUUAAAUUAAUGAAAAUGGUUAGUAUUAACAAAGGGGUCUGUAUUAGUUUAUGCAACUGGCAAAAAAAGUGCACUCUGCUAAUGAAAUUCUAGAUAUUUAGAAUUCUUUUUGGUGAAUAAAUCUCUGCUCUGGACAAGACAAA